AUGAACGUAGCGGCGGACGUGCUGACUGGCUCCGCAAUAGCGGCCGCAGGUACGCAGGUCGCCUGGUUCAUACCGAUGCUGGUGGCGGCGAUAGCUUACUACCAGUACGACCAGACCGACCCAGAGGGCAGGCCUGCGAAUGUAGACAGCACGCGUCUUCUGCCCGAAUACGACUUCGUCAUCGUGGGAGCUGGGUCUGCCGGUGCCGUGGUGGCAAAUAGACUUUCGGAAAUUGGUCAUUGGAAAAUACUCCUCCUGGAAGCUGGUGGAGAUGAGACAGAGAUAUCGGAUGUACCGCUCCUGGCUGGAUAUUUGCAGCUGAGUAAACUGGACUGGAAGUACAAAACUGAACCACAAGGCACUUCUUGUUUGGCAAUGGAAGGCGGGAGGUGCAACUGGCCUCGCGGAAAGGUCCUAGGCGGUAGUUCAGUCCUCAACUACAUGCUAUAUUUACGUGGUAACAGAAAGGACUAUGAUAUCUGGGAGUCGAUGGGAAACAAAGGCUGGGGAUACAAAGACGUUCUGUACUAUUUCAAGAAGUCCGAACACAACCAAAACCCGUAUCUGGCCCAGACCCCUUACCACAGCACCGGCGGCUACCUGACCGUUGCCGAAGCACCGUACCACACUCCGCUUGUGUCCAGUUUCAUCGAGGGCGGCUUAGAGAUGGGAUACGUUAAUCGGGACGUAAACGGCGAGAACCAGACUGGCUUCAUGGUAGCCCAGGGCACCAUUCGCCGAGGCAGCCGAUGCUCGACGGCCAAAGCGUUUCUUCGUCCAGCGAAGGAUCGCAGCAAUUUGCAUAUAGCAAUGCACUCUUUCGUCACAAAGGUGCUAAUAGAUCCGAGAACGAAGAUCGCUUUCGGGGUUGAAUUCGUUCGCGAUAAAAUGGUGCACCGAGUCAGGGCGCGGAAGGAAGUUAUCCUGUCCGCCGGCACGGUGAACUCCGCGCAACUAUUGAUGCUUUCUGGAAUAGGGCCCGCUGAGGAGUUAAAGAAACAUCGAAUACCUUUAAUACAAAACCUGAGAGUCGGGAGGAAUCUUCAGGACCACAUUGGACUCGGCGGGUUGGCCUUUAUGGUGAACAAGAAGAUAUCUAUAGUAGAGCACAGACUGCAUACAGUUAGCACUCUUAUGGAGUACGCGGUUCUCGGCGAAGGGCCGUUAACUAUCAUGGGCGGUGUCGAAGGUUUGGCCUUCGUCAACACAAAGUACGUGAACGCGUCUGACGAUUUUCCGGACAUAGAGUUCCAUUUCAUAUCGGGCUCGACGAACUCCGACGGCGGGGAGCAGCUGCGCAAAGUUCACGGCCUCACCGACGAGUUCUACGACGCCGUUUUUCGUCCGAUAAACAACAUGGACGUGUGGAGCAUAAUACCGAUGCUGCUCAGGCCGAAGAGUAAGGGAUUCAUACAGCUUCGGAGCGCGAGCCCUUACGAUUACCCAUACAUAUACCCGAACUAUCUGUCCGACGAGAGGGACGUUAAGACGUUAGUGGAAGGCGUCAAGAUUGCCGUUGCCCUAUCCAGGACCAAAGCAUUCCAGCGUCACGGCUCCGUCCUCAACCAGCACGUGUUCCCUGCGUGCUCGAAUAUACAACGUUACACCGAUGCCUUCUGGGAGUGUAUGAUAAGGCAGUACACUUGCACGAUUUACCAUCCGGUGGGCACCGCGAAGAUGGGCCCUUACUGGGACCCCGAGGCCGUUGUGGAUCACGAGUUGAGGGUGUACGGAGUAAAAGGUCUACGCGUUAUAGAUGGUAGCAUCAUGCCUAAUUUAGUUAGCGGCAACACCAACGCUCCGAUCAUCAUGAUCGGGGAGAAAGGUAGCGAUAUGAUUAAGGAGUUUUGGCUGCGCCGAAGAAUGUCCAGAUAUUACGCG